AUGGCACGAGUACACUUGUUUGCCGGUCCCCAGUCAAACAACGACAAAAAGUCUCGAUCCCAACACCAACAUGAUUCCGAGUACAACAACAACUUGAAUGUUGACCGUCGAGGUCCUUCUCCUAUGGUCAUUCCUGCAACAAUGGCAAAGGAAGAGAAUGCUGUCAAUACGCAAGCUGUAUCAGUAGAGUCUUCGACUUCUUUAACGACACAAGACCAUCAUCAUCAACAUCAUCCAUCAUCUUCACCCCCGCCGCCGCAGCAGCAGCAGCAACAACAGCAUGAGCAACACAAAGAGCCUGAUGCUGCAUCAAUUGCUACCUUAACAGCCAUUUUACAAAACGCUCAAGCAGCAGCCAUGAAUAAUGGUGGUGAUAUCAAUGAUGUCGUUGGUGCUGUUGCCGCUCAUUUAUCAGUGAAGCCUGAAUCGAUCGAUGAGAAGGAAAAGGGUCAUGAUGAAUCAUCAACGAGUGAGCAACAAUUAUUGCAGACCUUGUUACGUGCCGAAAGCAACCAUGAACUUCCCAGCAAGAAGAGAAAGACUGAAAUGGAAUGGAUUGAUCAGGCGACUGCGGCUACAGCGCUUCAAAUGCUUGGCUUAUCACACCAAGAAGCCAAACCUCAGCAACCCAAUGAUACAUCAGAGGAUGGCAACAAUCAACAACACUUGCAGCAACAACAAUGUGCACAACCAGACAAUGAGCAACGAUCCCAAGAUAUGGAUAAUGUCAUGUUGGUGGCUGAUUAUCCUGGUUUAUCAGCUGUGGAUGCAUCUACUUUGGAAUUACAGCAUGCUGGUGGUGAAAGUGAUCAGGAAUACAAACGUGGCAAUUGGACACCUGAAGAAGACGAGCUAUUGAUUGCCGGCAUCAAACGCUUUGGUUAUGGUCGAUGGAAAGAUAUUGCCAACAUGAUCCCUGGUCGAAAAGGCAAACAACUCAAGCAACGAUGGGAUAAUACACUUGCAUCCAAAUUUGUCGAUACUGCUUGGUUACGUAGCAAGAUUCGUGGUGAUGAAGAAGAAUGGCAACAUGACAUUGAUGUUGAAGGAUCAGCACCACCUUCACCUUCAUUCCAACAAAACAAAGAUGAUCGAGCAUCUUCAUCAGCCGCAUUAGCAGCCGCAGCACAAGCAGCAGUAGCAGCUACACAAUCAUCAUCAUCACCAUCAUCUUCCACUGAUCAACAAUCACAAGAACAUCACCAGCAACAAACCGCCAUGAGUGGAGCAGGCGACAUCAUGCAAAAGAUUACCGAAAAGGCCAAGGAAGGCAAUCAUGAAGCCAUUGAAGCCUUGCUUUCACAAGCCUUGUUGGGUACGAUUCAUCACAAUAGCCAUCCGCAUACCAAUACGUCUACAUCCUCGUCAUCAUCCAUAUCCACAUCUGAAGCCCUUCCUCUUGAACAAACCAUUAGCAACUUUGCUGAUGCUGCAGCUCUUGCCAUUUACGCACAACAAUUUACCCAACAACAACAACAACAGCAAAGGAGGGAUGGAGAAUCAUCAUCAUCGUCGUCCUCUGCACCACAACAACCCUCCACAUCUCCCAUCACAUCGCCUACUUCUUCAUCACCGUCAGCUGCAUUAACAGCUUUGGUCAGCAAUCAUCCUUAUUUGUUCCCGUUUGCACAAGGCAAUGGCCAUGAUACAAACAACACAGGUGCCAACAACAACAACCACCACCAUGGUAGCAGUAGCAGUAGUGCAGCAGCAGUAGCAGCAGCCGUGGCUGCCAUGGCAGCGAGUCAACAAGGACUUGCAACCAAUCGACCACCACCUAAACCUGCUCCACGUGCUACACCUGGUAGCAAACGACGGAGAUCUGAUCCAGCUUUGGCUGACACUCAAUCCGCUGCCAUGUCGAUUUAUGCUUCAGCAGCACCGAUUACCACCACCAUCAACAACCAGACACAAACCGUUUACCCUUGCCUCUUCCCCAAUUGUGGAAAGACCUUUGCUCGCCUCUACAACCUAAAGAGUCAUUCACGUACCCAUACAGAUGAUCGUCCUUUUGUAUGCGAAGUCUGUCAAACCGCUUUCAGCCGUAACCAUGAUCUCAAACGCCAUGCAAAGAUUCACGGUGGUGAUAAGCCUCACAAAUGCCUUGGAUGCAAUAAGACUUUCUCUCGAUUGGAUGCACUUAAACGACACAAGAGCAAUCUACGUAACAAGGCCACUUGUUUAGCACCUUAA